AUGGCGCCGAUCGGGGGCUCUCCUCCGACCAAGAAAUGCCGCCAGAGAACCUGCUCCAGGAAGAAGCUUCGCGUCAAUGACAGAGUUGAGGUGAAGAGCGAGGAAGACGGUUUUCUUGGCUCGUGGCACCAGGGAAUCGUCCUAGCCUGUGGACAUCGCAGGCGUUGCAUCAAGUAUGAUCACAUCCUCAUUGGAGGCACCUCCGAUAGUAUGAUAGAGCACGUGGAGGUCUCACCUGCUGUGGAUGGCAUUGAUUUUGAUCAAGUUCACCGGUGUCACUAUCGUGGCUCUAUUAGGCCGCUCCCUCCUUACUUUGUAACCGGUCCUUGGGACCUGCCUUACGGGAUGUGUGUCGAUGUCUAUCACAUGGAUGCUUGGUGGGAAGGCGUCAUCUUUGACCACAAUGAUGGCGCCGAAGAGAGAACCAUCUUCUUCCCUGAUCUGGGCAACGAGAUGUCGGCCAAACUUGGCAAUAUAAGAGUUGCCAUGACUUGGAACGAGGCUACUGAAAUCUGGCAUCGACGUGGACCUUGGCUGUUCCUUGAGGUGAUUGAGGAGUACGAGCAGAAGUGGCCCCUCCCCGUAUCUGUGAAGCAAAUUUGGUAUGACCUGAGAGAAAGAGAUGAUUACACAAGGAUCAAGGAGUGGACUUCUACGGAUAGAGAAGUGUGGCAGGACCUGAAUCUGGAGACUAUCUCGGAGAACCUUAAAGUCGCUUUGUCGGAUGCUUUGCCCCACUUAGUUGUCAUGCUAGGAAACAUAGGACAAAGUGUUGACCUGCUGAACGAUGUCCCAGAAAUGGAUGAGGGCGUUUCAAAACCUUCUGGAAUAGAUGAGACCAUCAAAUUACUUAAUAACGAUCCCAGCAAGAUUGAUGUUCAGGUUAGCCAAACAACACAUAAUUCGGAUCCAUUAACUGAAGAAGCUGAGCCGGACAAUAAUGGCAUGAUUUGUGACAGAAUGAGCAGAAGUGCCAACAAAGAACCAAGUUUGUCGAUAUCACAGCCAGAAAUGCUUAAUGAGAGUUCUCGGCAUUGUUCCAUGGUUAUGUCUGCCGAAGUCCCUUCAAGACUUUCCUCGGAGAUGGAUGCAAAGUCCAAAGACUUGACCUGCCGAAAACGUGGAAACUGGCAACCUGCUGGGCCUGACUUGGUUCCUAGAGCCGAGCACUUUCCUGAUGCUAUUGCAUUUUAUAUUAGGGGAAAGGGCACAAAGCACAACGAAUCUCUAGUAGCAGAUGUUCAGAAGCACCUUCUAUAUCUAGACUGGAAGAUCGAGUUUAGGUUCGACAAAGAAGAUGUUCUCAGAUUUCGUUACGUUUCACCUGAGGGAAAGUGUUACCAGUCUCUUGUGAAAGCCUGCCUCGACAUAAUCGGAACCAAUAUGGACAAUCUUUCAGAUGCUAACAAGAGCUCGGCAGCAACCAUAAAUGAGUGUCAAUCUUCUCAUACUCUGGAUAAGGAGGACCAUGAGAAGGCCACCCAUUUGCGGAGGUUGAAGCCUGACAAGAACGUCUCAGCUAGCAGGCCGUGGAAGUCUCCAUUUAUGCAUAAAAAGAGGAUGCGGGAGUGGGAGAUUCAGUCCUCCUCGUCGAAUGGAAGGUCUAAUAAUACACUAGGAUCUAUCUGCAAACUAGAUGGAGCAGUCAACUCCAGCAAGCUGAGUCACCAAAGGAAUAAAACUUCAAGCCUCAGAAAGUCGAAGGCGAAAGCAUCUGGAGCACUGACCGGAGGAGUUGAAGAUGUGGAAGCAGGCCAUCAAACUCCAAGGUUGUGUUCAAGAAAAUGGAUUAAGGAGGCUGCUCCAAACCAAUCGAAAAACAAUCGUAGGACAGUUAUCUCAUGGUUAAUAGAUAACAAGGCAGUGUCUUCCAUGGCUAGAGUGCACUAUCAGAGUAAACAUGACAGUUGUCCUAUAGCGCAGGGCUGGAUAAGUGCCGAAGGAAUCAUAUGUGAUUGUUGCAGCAAGAUGUUUAGCUUAAGAAGCUUUUCUGUUCAUGCUGCUAAGACCGAAGAAAGAGCAGCUUCAAGCAUCAUCCUCGAAGACGGGAGGUCGCUAUUAAACUGCCAAAUGAAGAUAUUACAUGACAAAAAUUAUAUCAACUUCGAUCAUGGUGGGAGAGAAAAUAAUUGGCAAAAAGGCGAAAAUGAUUCCAUUUGUAGCGUUUGUCACUAUGGGGGCGAACUGAUUUUGUGUGAUCAAUGCCCAUCCUCGUUUCAUCAGAGUUGCAUUGGUUUGCUGGAAGUUCCAGAUGGUAAUUGGUUCUGCCCAUCCUGUUGUUGUCGACUCUGCAACCAAAGCAAGUCCAGGGAUGAAAUUGGGAAUUGCCUGAAUGACAUCUUAACAUGCGAUCAAUGCGAGAAUGAAUAUCAUCUAAGCUGUAUUAGGGAAAGAGGAAAAUAUGAAUUCAGCAAUUUUCACAGUAAGAGUAGGUAUUGCGGCGAACAGUGUGAAGAGGUAUCUAUUGGGCUUUACAAGCUCAUAGGAAAGCCAGUCCAAUUGGACAGAGAUAACCUGACGUGGACAUUAUUAAAGUCCAUGAAAUUCAAUCCUAGUGAUCCCAAAGCUCAUGAUAUUGAAGCUAUAACACAAAUCGAGUACAAGCUAGAUGUUGUUGUUGGCAUGAUGCAUGAAUGUUUCGAACUUGUUAGAGAGCCCUCUACCCAGAGAGAUCUCGUUGAAGAUGUCAUUUUCAGUAGAGGGUCAGAGCUUAGUCGUCUGAACUUCCGAGGAUUCUAUACAGUUAUUUUGGAAAGAAAUGAUGAUUUGAUUACGGUGGCUACUAUAAGGAUCUUCGGAGACAAAGUGGUAGAAGUACCUCUAGUUGGUACGAGGUCUCAGUAUCGCCGACUUGGAAUGUGUCGCCUUUUGAUGAAUGAGUUAGAAAAUGUACUAAAGGAAUUGGGAGUUUACAAGCUGGUCUUGCCCGCUACUCCGAGCGUACUGGAUACGUGGACUACUUCAUUUGGGUUCACGAAAAUGAUUGACUCUGAGAGAUUACAGUUUCUGGGCCACACUUUCCUAAACUUCCAGGAUACUGUUAUGUGCCAUAAACGGUUAUUGGAGAUACCUCAACGGGAACUGAACUCGAACAUACCAACAGGCAAAGCACAUGAAGUUUGUGAUGGUGAUGCCAAUAAGAGCGGAGGAGAUAGCAAUGAUUUAGGAGGAUCCGUCGCCGUCUCUGAGGUGUUGCAGGCAGAACCAAUCGAAGAGAUAGAUUGGAGCGGACCAAGGCCCCAUCAUUGAUGGACUUUUCCUGACCACAUCUUCAUCACAAGGGAAGGCAGAGAGGAAUAUGGGGGCCUGACAGGACAUGGAAUUAGCAUGGACCAAGGUGCUGUGCGGGUUCCGCAUGCGGGGAUUUGUUUGUAGCUUAGCUAGUUGUUUGUUAAAACGAAAAGGAAUUAAGAAGAUAUGUUAGUUUGUA